AUUAUCGUAUAAGUGACAUUUUGGUUAAGCAGAUAGUUAGAGAUAAGUGUUGGUUGAUUGACAGUCACUUAAGUUGAUUGACAGCGUCCAGUUGAUUGACAGGUAACUGUAAGCUAUGGAUCGUCGUCCAGCUUUCUCGGCGAAAAAAUCGCGGGAUAUUGAACGGACAAUCUACACGGAUUGGGCGAAUCAUCAUCUGGAAAAGACAGGAGUUAAAAGACUUAUCCAAGACUUACCUAAGGAUAUUGGGGACGGACUACUGUUGGCUGAUAUUGUAAACUUCGUUUGCGAAGAACAAGUGGAUCGUAUCCACGCUAAUCCGUCUACAGCAAAGCAAAAGCUUUACAACUUAGAUAGAUGUUUACAAGUUCUUGAAGCGAAUAAAGUUGUUCUAAACGACGUAACAGCUAUCGGUCUCUACCGUGGAGAGCUGAAGUCAGUCCUUGCUCUCUUUUUUCAUUUAUCAAGAUUUAAACAGAAAGUUCAAGAUUUUAAAAUGGCGGAUUCAUCAAAGUCAAAACGAACAGGUCUCCGUCAGCCUACUACGGUCAGCGUGAAUAGGAAAAGCCGAAGUUUCAACGCAAAUGAUAAGAAUAGAAUCAACUUGGACGACGCCAGCAACGGCUCAGUAAGCCGUCUUUCCCCCACAUCACCUGUCAACGUAUUCAAUGGGGCUUCUCCGCAGUCGAGAAUAGCCGAGCCCUCUGCUACCUCCCCGUGGCGAAGCAAAUCAAUGAGCGCAAAGCACAGCGCCACCACGCGGCUCUUGGCACCGAAAUCCCACACCCCAACUUUGCAGACGUUUAAACCUAACACUGUGACGUCACAAUCUUCUAAUCCAUCGUCAUCAGCUGCCUCUAUGACGUCAGAAUCGUCGCUUGCGGAUAUCGACACGAAGCAAAUUUAUGGGGCUGGGGAUGUAAGUACGGGAACCUCCAGGUUACAUAGAGCAACUCGUAAACCACCAACCGCAAACGGGAGUCGUAUUGAAAUGCGGAAGAACGGUGGGGCAGGAAUCCCUCAAAAGACUCAAAAAUCGGCGAUCGCAAAACCAGUGAGCAGGGUCCCAGGUACCUCCCCAAAGCGAGCCCCUGUCGCUCGGAAAGACGUUUCGGCAAAAGAUUCAACUUUGUCGAAGCGACCGACCGACCCCGCCCCUAAAAAUCCAGCCAAUCAGAAGCCAGGAUCUGUCAUAAGUCGUUUGAAGAAGUUGGGAACUGUUACCACGGCAACAAGUACGUCAUCAAUAAACUCGAAGACGCGUUCUACGUCAUCGUCGAAAAGCGUAACUUCAGUGACGUCAGCAGCGAAAAAACGAGCUGAGUCAUGCCCGCCUACGUCACGAAUCGCUACGUCAGCAAUAAAGCGUCCUACCCAGUUACAGAAACCAGCGGACGAAAAUGCCAAGAACCAAGGGAAAUCCCCAGUACGGAAACCACCUGGGAAAUCCACGAGUGGUUUAAAGGGAGUGAAAUCUUCAAUUGGAAAAGCUUUCAGUUCAAAACAGGUGGAUAAGAAAUCUCCCAAAAGUCCAUCACAGGAUGUGACGUCAUCAAAGACAAGUUUCACCAAAAAGAAUUCGGAUUCGAAAACGGAAAAGCCAAGACCUACAAUAUCUGACCCGAUCCCUAUUGUUACCCCUGAUCCUACCUUUGGGUCAAUGACCCCGGAUAACCCCCCGACCCCUCCACCACGUGACGACAUUGAGGUUACUAAAGGUCAAAUCAAAGUGAACGGGUCGUAUGAGAAACCGGUAGAGCCGGUUAGUAUCAGUCUUGGCUCGCCACGUAUGACGAACAAACCGCAUAAAACGGCAACAGUAGCUCCAUUCAUGCGUCAUCCUACGAAACAAUCGGUUCCCCCUCCACCCCCCAAAAGAAAUUCUGUAGCAGACGGCCGGGAAUCCCCUAAUAAGGAACUCAAGAAGCAAUCCACCGAAGUGACGACUCCCGAAGAAGCGAGAGUGAAAGCUGUUAAAGGGAUCGCCGAUCUAAGACACAACCUUGAAGCGACCAUGUGUUCGUUACGUAACACACAACUACGUCAUCGCAAAGGUGACGCACUACAACGUAGAAUAUCUGCACAAUUGGACGGAGCUGAUUUCGACGAUCUAAAUAAGACAAUCCCAGAAAUACCUUCGCCCUCUGCUGGCAUCUACCGAUCGCACCACAACCUGCUAAGCAGCCGCACGAGUCCGCGCAACUCUAUUAUCUCACGAAGCCCGAAGUUACACGCGGGUGAAACUUUAGCUCAGCCAAGAGAUUACAGAUUCGAACCAGGUCGCUUUUCGUCGCUCCAACGAACUCGUUCUGCUCGUUAUCCUCGAUCAGCAUGGCGUGACGUCACUGCUGGUUACGUCAGCGAAGGCGAUCCACUUGGAACCCCUGAAAAUGAAAGCAAAGGCUACGCGAGUGAUGGUGCCAUUCUAAACGACCUCGACAGCCCGCAGAAACACUGGGAGAUCCCUGAUAGCAUUGACGACGCAAGCAGCGUUAGCAGUUGUGACAUCAGCGAUUGCAUUGCUGACGUCAGCACCGACGAAUUAUCAUCAAAUAAUAACUCCCCGUUCCACUUGAACAAACAUAGAGAGGACAAGGUCACGUGGGGUGGUCUUGGAGGUGGGCUUUCAAAGUCAACCAUGGCGAUUGAAGGCAGUAAUAAAUCACAGAAAUUAAAGAAACGUGGUGGAUUUGGAAGACCACCAACCGGCAAGCCAGGUUUAAAAGCCCCCGGUUCAAGUGUUGUUGGCAGCAGACUUGCUUGCAACACGUUAUCAUCGAGCCCAUCUGGAAGCCCCACGCCUAACCUGCUUGGGCAAAGAGGAACACUGGCAUACAGGAGUCUUCCAAGGCCAAGUAAAAGCAACCUUACUUCUGAGAAGCCGGCCAGUUCCCCGCUCGCAACAAGUCAUGCAUCAGUGAACACAGGAAAGAAUGAAAGUUUCAAACGAUCACCCUCGUUGCAAAAGUUGCUUGGGUUAAACUCAAAGAAGACCUUGGAUAACGACCCCACCAUUGUAACUAACCCUCGCAUCCCUACAACCCCUGAAACAUCAUCACCCAAGUCAACUUAUAUGGAUGUGACAUCAUCGAUGACAUCAUCAAUGACAUCAUCGAUGAGGGGAAUUGUGACAUCAUCACAAAAUUCUUAUAUCUCUCCAAACAAACCGAACAUGAAUUCCUAUAACAGUCUUGGGAGGCCAAGAACAACCUCUCCCCACAAUGGUAACACCUCACCUCUCUCGUACAUGAGUUUGCCCCGGCGUUCCUCGAGGUCGCCAUCUGUGACAUCGGGUUACAACGGCAACGGUUGCCCCGUGACAAGCGGCAUGAGUACAUGGUCGUCACCAAAAAGGAACAACCCCAACAGUGCUUACAGCAUCAGCCCUGCACCGAACAACCCCUACUCAAGCAUGGAUAUGUUGAGCACGCCAUCUUUAUACUUGGAUGACAAGAACAGCAACUUAUAUUUGGACCAAGAUUUGCGCAAACAUGCUGAUGAUGUUGCUUAUGGAAGGGGCGGAGUCAGUGAUUGGCCGCUUCCAACUUUGCUGUCGACGUCAUCAUCUGUGACAUCAUCAAACCCUAAUGUGUCGAGGGCAAUCAGUUUGAAAUCUCAGGAAACUUCCAGUGAAGUGAGAAGACUUUACAAAGAUAAACAAGAAAGCAACAGUACACGUCCACCUUCAGUGUUAUCAAAUGCAACAUCUCUUUAUUCAUUGGAAGAAGAAGCAGACAUUCCUCAGAUGAAGUUGAAGUUGGGCUCAGUGAAUGGAGAUGGGAGCAUACAGAGCCACCUCUCUACUAGUGCGAAAGUUGUUUCUGCGUUCGAAGAAAGUCUUUCAACGAUGACCGACCGCUUGAGGGAGCUAUCCGUCACCGCUGAAGAGAAAGACAGCGAGUUACAAGAAUUACGUCAAACGAUCGAAAACCUUAAACGCAAUCCAUCCCCUGACGAUUGGUCGGGCCAACCAACCAACUUAAGAAAGAAAGCUUCAUCUGGCUCUCUAUCAAGCAUUAGUUCCAAGACAAGCGUGUCCAGCAUGGGAAGCACUGAGGAUGGGAAAAGAAAAAAGAAACACUGGGCAAAGGAGACCGGUGAAAAGUUACGAGAUUCAAUCAAAACAGCGUUUGGAAAACGAAAGUCUCGACCAAACCUCGCAGCUGAGAUGGAAGAAGCCGAGUCUAUUGCAACGAUAGCUAUCCCAGAGCAAGAAGACAGUGAGACUGUUGCUAAGUUACGAGAAGAACUUCUUCAAAAGGAGAGAAAGUUAACGGACAUUCGAUUGGAGGCGCUCACAUCGCAACAUCAGUUGCAUCAAAUGCAAGAUGCGAUGCAAAGGAUGAGGUCUGAGAUGGAAAUGUUAAGAUUGGAAAAUGAAAGAUUGAACAAGCUUGGUUUAUCAACAAUGUCACUGGAUAUGGUUUCACCAAGCAAUGAACGCUAUAUGGGUAAGUUUGUUGUAGUGAGUGAUGUACCGAAGUUUUGGAUAUAA